CCAAACAACUACCACACGAUUUCGUGUUACUGACUCUCUGCGCAAACUCUAUAUAGUAAAACUGCACAUGAGUGCCGAUGGAGGAAGAGGAAGCCGAACUUCGUAAUCCCUUUCCCUCACCACCAUCUCACUACAACAAUUAUACGUCGCAUAACCUGAAACUACUUGCUUUGCUGAAGGAACGAAUUGGGGAUCAAAAUACUGAUGUCGGGACAGUGAACCAGCAUGAACUACUCUCAGAUCAGGCAGAAGUACCUUCAUGGUCGCUGCCCCAGCUCGAGAAACCACGAGUAGACUGGAUCCUUGAAGAAGGUCACUAUAACGUCUUUGGGGAUACGUGGUUUGUGAAAGAGACUAUCCCAUCCCUAGCUGACCUCGGGGGACAUCAGCUCUACCCUGCUGACCCGAGCGUAGAUCGACGUCCCGCGCUUCUUGCUGUACUGAGGUCCAUGCUUGUCGCGUACUCCAAUUUGACAGAUGCAAUACUUGCACCACCACCACCCCCUUCAUCAUCGACACUGCCAGAAUGGCAACGCCAUCUUGAGUGGAUCACAAUACUUGCCCAAAAUCUUAUGGCAGCUGCAAAUGAUCUACGCCCUGUUCAGGCUAGAGGACACCUUGAGCUCAUGAUGCAACGACAGCUGGAGCUGAGGCGCGAGGAAACAAAGAAUAUUCACUCGCAAUGCGAUGCCCUCGAGGCUCGGCUGUUGGGGCUGCGCUCUUCGACUCGGGAAAUGGCGGCGUCAGUCGAAGAUCAGAAGUCGACUACCAAACCCGGCAGUUCUCAGGUACAGGCAUCUGCGAUCAACGUGUCCCUUGAAGACAUGUUGCGUUGGGCAGAGGAGGUCGCAUAAGAAUCAUAGGUUCUUUUUGGCGCAGUUGUGACACAUACUUAUGUUCGUCACUGUUGUGUGUACGGCACACCCACUAAAACGCAUGGUAGGAUUUAUGAACUUGCCGACGCGCGCUGUGGUAGCGAGCGAGUCUGCAGUGAUCGUAUUCCGACGUUCAUUGCUUGGUUCGCAAUGCGCACCGUCCCUUGUCCACCAUUACAAGUCGUAAUAUAUGACGCUACAAACUCUGUUUUCACAAAAAUAAAGUUUUGCGCGAUGCAACUGUGCGUGAUACGACCUUCAGUGCGCAAUACAACCACCAG